AUGAAACUUAUCGAUAUUGAAAUUGCAGGCUGCCACUAAAAAUAUGGAAAAUUAUGAGGACAGAGAAAUCAAAGAACCUCCGAAGUCAACUUUCACUAUCUUCGGGGACCCAAUAGUAACGACAAACUGUCAAAGGAAUGCACUUUUAUCUGGUAUCUCUGGAGGAAUAAUUUCUGGAUUAAUAGGAUUUUUAUUCACAAGCAAUCCACGACAAGCUACACGCAUUGGUGUAGGCAGUUAUUUUGUAAUAACAGUCACCUUUGCAUGUUAUUGUGCCUAUGAUGAAUAUGAAAUGAAAAGACAAACUAGGCUUAUAAGGCAAAGUCUAGUGCAAGCACAUCUUGGACCGAUAAAGCAAGAUUCAACUGACACUCCAGUUAAACUUGAUGAAGCUUAGAAUCAGUCUUGUUCAUGCGGUGUAAAGAAUGUACAUACAUAUAUUGGGUUAAUGAAAAAAUAUUCUUUCUGUGAGCUUAUCGAAGCUGUAAAACUAGUACUUAGAUAAUAGUU